AUGGAUCAGAACCGACAGGUGCGUUGCAUGAAGCAAACGCUCGAAGCUUAUGUGGCGAAAAAAUAUGAUCUCUCAACUUUCCUUUCUGAUAUGCAAGCUCAUAUAGGCUUCCUCAGACGAUUUCGGAAGAAUCAAAUCAAAGAUGAUAUAAUGAAGAAGCCCGAAUCGGUAGUCAUGUGUGAAGAAUGCGAGGACAAGAGUGCAGUACUGAAAUGUGAGGUCUGCCAGGAUUAUUAUUGUCAAGACUGCUUCAAUGCAACGCAUGCAACAGGCAAUAGACGAGGGCACAUCACUGCCGAUGUGGAGCAACUUGUAUGUGCGGCAUGUGAUAAGGUCGUCGCCACCUGCCAGUGCGUCCAAUGUGGAAGCUUCUUUUGCGACAACUGCUACGUGUCCACUCAUGCAUCUCGACCGGAGUUGCAUAACCACUUCAAGCGUGUCAUCUCUGGCCUCAUCUGUCAAGAAUGUGAGUAUCUCAACGCUACAGUCCUGUGUGAAGAGUGCCUCGACUUGUUCUGCACUCAAUGCUUCAUUAAACUCCACGGCAGAGGGAGACGUAGAAAACACGCCCAUCUCAGCAUCGACAACACUGGUGAGGCAUUUGUUUAUCUCCAACACGAUGAUCCGCACAGUCAGGGAAAGUCUUUCGAGGAGGCACCCUUGUACCCCCAGAGGAAGCCCAAGGGCUGA